AUGAAGCAAUGCAUAUGCACUGCAGACAAACUGAAUGAAACUGAGAAGGAAGAGGCCAGAAUCAUUGCAGAAUCGUGUGUUAAGGUGGAAAACCAAUGGCUAGUUCCAUAUCCAUGGAAAAAGGAUCCCAAUCUUCUACCUGACAAUAAACAACAGGCAGUGAAGCGUUUAGAAUCAAUGGAACGUCGAUUGAAGAUUAAACCCGAACAAGCAGAAGCUUAUUAUAAGCAAAUGAGAGAACUGAAGGAAAUUAACUUUUCACGUAAAUUGACAACUGACGAAUUAAAAGUAUAUAAAGGCCCCAUGCAUUACAUCCCCCAUCAUGCAAUACUAAGACCAGAGAAGAAAAGCAAACCUGUCCGAAUCGUGUUCAACUCAUCCUCAGUGUUUCAAGGUCAUUAA